GGAAAAGUGAGAGAAGAAAGAAGCGAUCGGAUCGUUUACCGCGGCGGCCGAGGACAGGAGGGAGCCCGCGGCCUCCGCGCACCCCCGGCUCCCCCCCCCAUGUCUGCCGGAGUUUGCGGGAGGCGCUGAAAGUGCGGGCGGCCGGCGAGGGCGAGCGACCCGGCUCCCUCCUCCGCUCCCGGCCCUGCUACUUUCUCCCCUUUCUCUCCCUUCUUCCUCUCGUCUCCCCCCCCUCCUCUUCCUCCUCCCCCCUCCCCUGCCCCGCUCCCCCACCAUGUCUUUCCCCCAGCUGGGCUACCAGUACAUCAGGCCGCUUUACCCGGCGGAGCGCCCGGGGAGCGGCGGCUCCCGCGGCGGCGCCGAGCUGGCCCCGUCCGGGACCCUCUCCAACGUGCUCUCCUCCAUGUACGGCGCGCCCUACGCCGCCGCCGCCGCCGCCCAGGGCUACGGAGCCUUCCUGCCCUACGCCGCAGAGCUGCCCAUCUUCCCCCAGCUGGGCGCCCAGUACGAGCUGAAGGAGAGCCCGGGGGUGCAGCACGCCGCCUUCCCCCCCCACCACCCUGCCUUCUAUCCCUACGGGCAGUACCAGUUCGGGGACCCGUCGCGGCCCAAGAACGCCACUCGGGAAAGCACCAGCACCCUCAAGGCCUGGCUCAACGAGCACCGGAAAAAUCCCUACCCCACCAAGGGCGAGAAGAUCAUGCUGGCCAUCAUCACCAAAAUGACCCUCACCCAGGUCUCCACCUGGUUCGCCAACGCCCGGCGGCGGCUCAAGAAGGAGAACAAAAUGACCUGGGCCCCCCGCAGCAGGACGGACGAGGAGGGCAACUCCUACGGGAGCGACCACGAGGGGGAAGAGGACAAGAGGGAGGACGAGGAGGAGAUCGACCUCGAGAACAUCGACACAGAGAAUAUCGAAAGCAACAAGGACGAGCUCGAGGACGAUCUACAGGAUGCCGACCUCCUGCACUCUGACUCCAAAACGGACUCGGAGGGAUCCGAAGGCUUUGAGGACCUGCCCGGCUCCGAGGAGCGCUACGACAAGGCCUCCGAGGGGGAGCCGCACCACCUCCGCCACCACCACCUGCACCACCACCACCAUCACCACCACCACCAUAAGUGCGAGCUGCCCGCCACGGCCGCACCCGUCGGCCCGGAGCCCCUCAAGCCGCCGCUCCCGCCGCCGCCGCCCCACCUCUCGUCCCCCUCCUCUGCCUCUUCCUCCGCCGCCUCCUCCCCGACGGACGGCGCUUUGGCCGGCGCCUUGCCGAAACCCAAGAUCUGGUCGCUGGCCGAGACCGCCACCAGCCCGGACAACCCCCGCAAGUCUCCUGGCGGCGGCUCUCCGCCGGCGGCCGCCCCCCAGCCGUUGCCGCUGCCCACCCCGCCGCCCCACAGACUCGUCUCCUCCUGCCCCCUGGGCAAGUUCCCCAACUGGACCAACCGCGCAUUCCCGGCCCAUCACCACCACCACCACCCCCCGCACCCGCUGGCCUUACUGAACACUCCCCACUUGCUGGGGCUGGGGGCCGCCUCCGCCGCCCCCCCCGCCGCCGCCUUCCCGCGGCCCGCGGACCAGGCGCAGAGCGCGGAGCCCGUCGGAGCAGAUCGAUCUAGUGCCUUGGAAGUAGAGAAAAAGUUACUAAAGACAGCUUUCCAGCCAGUGCAGAGGCGGCCCCAGAACCAACUUGACGCCGCUAUGGUUCUAUCGGCACUCUCAUCAUCAUAGUUAAUUUUUUAUUGUUGUUGUAAUGAUUGUAAAAAAAAUCGUUGUAUAGUUACAACUUGUAAGCAUGUCCGUAUAUUCAAACUCAAAAGGAAAAAAAAUACCCGCUUCUGUCCUAUCACCUGGGUUAGCUGAGCUGUGAGAUUUUUUUGGAAGUCCAGUGAGGAUUAGGUGUUCCCCCUUUUUUUUUUUUUUUUUUUGGUUGUUGUUGUUUUUUGUACAUACCGUAAAAAUGUACAUAUGUGUGAACCAAAUUGUAAAAGAAAGUAUAUAUUUUUGGCUAAUAAAUAAACUGUUGCCACUUUGACUACA